CCUGGGGAGGCAGAUAUAGAGUGUUCUGCUUGGGAUGAAACUCAUUCCUCCACCGCCCCCUCCCCAAAGCAAGAACAAAUUUAGAAAUAAAAGCCCUUUUUGCAAAUAAGGCAACUACUUCUGCUUUUCUGCACAUGAAAAAAUAGUUCCACCCCAUGGUCUUGGUCACAGCCUACCACUUGACUGUGCAGAGCAGGACAGGACGACUCUUUGGACUGCUGCUGCCUGGGGCAGCACCUGCCUGCAUGGCCCAGGGCGUGGUCUAUGCUGACCUGAAGUUUGCUACGGCCCCACCAGUCACCACCCCCACCUGCCCCACAGCCCCUGAUGAGGAUGACAGCCCCUAUGAGAACUUGCCGCUGGGGCCCGUGCCCACAGUGCCCAGCCCAGGGCGCUGGCCCCGCCGUUGGCGCAUCCCCAGAAGGCUGCUGGCAGCCAGUCUGCUGGUGCUGCUGGUGCUGCUGGUGGUGGCUGCUGUGUCCCUGGGGGCUUGCUACUGGCAGGUCACCCAAAGCCUGCAAGCUGCCUCCCGGGAGCACGCGGCCGAGCAGGGCCGCCUGUCGCAGGAGGUGAGCGCGAGGGAGCAGAGCCUGGAGCAGACACGCGUGGAGCUGGCGUGGGCCAGAGCGGAGCUGCAGAGAGCGUGGCAGGAGGGCAACAGCAGCCAGAAGGAGCUGGGGAGCCGGGAUGCUGAGCUGGGGCGUGCCAGGCAAGAGCUGACUGUGCUGCAGCAGGAGACGCAGGAGCUGCGGGGAGCGCUCAGGGACAGCAACAGCACUGUGAACAUCCUGCGUGCCUGCGUGAAUACAGAUUGCUGCCCCUCAGGCUGGGUACUCUACAGGAGUAAGUGCCUCUUCAUCUCCAUGCAGAAGACGACUUGGUUUGAGAGCUCUGAGGACUGCAGAAAGAAAUCUGCUCACCUGCUGGUCCAAGGCAGCUGGCCAUCAUGGACGGUGCCGGAUUUUACACAGCAGUAUGGUGCCAGGUACUGGGUUGGAGAUACAUACUGGAAUACGUACAAUGAAACAGUAGGAUCUUCUGUCGAUGUAUGUUUUCUGGGAAGAUAAGCAGCUACUCAUGCAGCAGACCGCUUCCAUGGAUCUGUGAGAAGCCCCCAGAUUUGAGCAGCCCAUCCAAGCCCCUCAAUCCUCUCUCAGCCAAGAGGUGAACUCUGAGACCCCCCUCUCCAUCACAGGACUGGGACUGAGGAACAGGAGCUGGAAGUGCACAGCAAAGACGCUCUUCCCCUCCUGGACAGCUGUACCCCCACACUGUUGCCUCAGCUGCAUUGCAAAGCUCUGGGGAUACAGGUUGGGAAGUGUCUGCAUUU